AUGACGGUCUCCUACUCUCUGGAGGUGGCCAACGUGAAGUUUUAUGGUUUCUCCAGGCUCCUGUUCAGGUGGAAGGGGAGCAUCUACAGGCUGCUGUACAAGGAGCUCCUGGUGUUCUGUGGGGUUUACCUGUUCUUCAGCGUGUUUUACAGGGUUCUCCUCACGUCGAAGCAGCAGGAUCUGUUUGAGCGAGUCUCCAUUUACUGUGACCAGUUCACCAACACCAACUUCAUCCCUGUUCUGUUUGUUCUGGGUUUUUACGUGACUCUGGCCUUCAACCGGUGGUGGGGUCAGUACACCAGCUUCCCGCUGCCCGACAACUUGAUGAUGGUGGUCUCAGGAAACGUCCACGGGUCUGACGAGACGGGUCGCCUCCUGAGGCGGACCCUCAUGAGAUACGCCAACUUAUCCUCGGUCCUGAUCCUGCGCUCCAUCAGCACCCGGGUCCUCAAACGGUUCCCAACUCUGGACCACAUUGUGGAGGCUGGGUUCAUGACGCCGCUCGAGCUGAAGAAGUUCGAGUCUCUGCACUCGGACUUCAACAAGUACUGGAUGCCCCUGACCUGGUUCUCCAACCUGGCGUCCAGGGCCCGAGAGGAGGGCCGGGUGAGGGACGACAUCGCCCUGAGGCUGCUGAUGGACGAGCUGAACAACUACAGAGCCAAGUGCAGCCUGCUGUUCCACUACGACUGGAUCAGCAUCCCUCUGGUCUACACGCAGGUGGUAACGAUCGCAGUUUACUCUUUUUUCGCCUUCUGUGUGAUCGGACGACAGUUCCUGAACCCGGAGAAGGGCUACAGUGGACACAAGGUGGACAUGUACGUCCCUGUCUUCACCCUGCUGCAGUUCUUCUUCUACACCGGCUGGCUGAAGGUGGGCGAGCUGAUUAUUAACCCGUUUGGUGAAGACGACGACGACUUUGAAACCAACCAGCUGAUCGACCGGAACAUGCAGGUGUCCAUGCUGGCCGUGGACGACAUGUACCAGAACCUGGCUCCCAUUGUGAAGGACAAGCACUGGACCCAGAGCCACUUCUCCAUCCCGUACACUCAGUCGUCGGCAGCAGAGGCCCUCAGACCGGCCUUUAAAGGCUCCGCCUUUGACAUGAGGUUGAGUGCUGAAGAUCUUGAGCUCCACCGUCCGACAGGCGAACCUGUAAACACUCAGUAUUUACCUCUGCGGGGCUGUCAGGGGGACGGACUCGACGGCCUCCUGCGCAGUGGCAGCCUCCCUCAUCUGAUGGACGUCUUGACCGACCCGGACGAGGACGAUGAGCCUGACGAAGCUGGGACAAACUCCAUCAGUCACAAGGAACAGGAGAAGGAGGAGGUUUAG